AACUUUAUAUUUUUUUUUCUUCUGGGCUGCCAAAAGUACCAAACGGAAUUAUGCAGUCAUGCAUGAAGAGGUGUUUUUUGGACUUUCGUGUGCAAUGUGUGAGGUGUCAGUUGAGGGAUUUACGGGGCUCAAUUCCUUGGAGAAAUAAAUUCGUAUAAUUGAGAGGAAAGCCUCUUUUCAGGACUACUAGUCCACUGUUCGUCUCUUCCUUAGCAUACUGUGUGCAUAAGUGAAGAGGGGAAGGGGGAGCCAGGCAUCUUCGAGCCUAGGAGCUCAAUCUGUUUUUGAUUGUUGCAGAUGGAAUACCCAAGGACACUCACUUCCUGACCGCUCAAAUAUCCCAUCCAUUCCAUGCUCUGAUGUGAGCAACUCGGUUCCAAGAAUCUUGGAAACAUGGGGAAAAUUCCCGGAUCAGCAGUCGCCAUGGCCACGCCGCCGGAGCCGUCGUCUUGGCUGAGCCUCAAGGUGUUCUUCCUGAGGGUGAGCAGGUGCGAGGUGAACGAGUCCAUGCUGGAUUCUGUGACCGUCACCCACGCCCCGCUCACCCCGGACACCGUGCUCGAGGUGAGCGGCGGCAGCGUCGCCAGCAACGGCCACGUGUCGCUCCGCCUGGACCGCGCCGGCGGCGUCGGCGCCGCCGCCACGGAGGGCGGCGACUCCUGCACCUUCGUCAGCACGGCGGACGUCAGGGUGUCCGGGAGCGCGCGGUUCGACGUCCAGUGCAGAGGCGAGCGGCUCGUCGUCGGGAUCCUGGACACGCGCGACGCCGGCGCUGGCGGCGGCGGCUGGGUGAUGAAGUGCCAGGUCGCGGCGCAGCGCGGGUCGGGCCUCGUGAGGCGCGGUAGCAAGGAGGCGAAGCCGCCGGUGGUGGAGGUGUACGUCGCCGGCCUGGCCCGCGGCGCGCCGGUCGUCUUCACGAGGGCGAUGCAGCUGCGGUUCAGGAGGCGGCGCCACGUCAAGGCCUUCAUGGAGCCCAUCCCGGAGCACGGCGAGCCGGCGGAGGACUCCAAAGAAACGCUGCCUCCGAAGCAUGAAACCGAGGUGUCGGAGUACAGGUGCUACAAGCCGGAGCAGGACGCCGGCGACGCCGACUACGACGGCUUCUACGUGAAGCCUGCAGGCGAGGAAGACGACGACGGCGAUUUCUCGUGGUUCACCGCCGGCGUCAGAGUCGGCGUCGGCAUCAGCGUAGGCAUCUGCCUCGGCAUCGGCAUCGGCGCCGGCCUCCUGGCCCGUUCGUACCACUCUACGUCGAGGAGCCUGAGAAGCCGGCUGAUCUCGAGUCUGUUCUGAACAUCAACAUUGCAUCAAGAUCACUGUCCAUCUCAAAAUUCAGAUAUCCCUCUGUUGGAGAUGGACUAGUCCAGUGUGUGUGUAUAUAUCCUUGUUAGUAUAGUUGUUACUACCGUCGUAGAUAGAUGAGAUGUGCUAUCUUUGGCACUGUUGGUUCACUGGUUUAUACUUAUAUGAUCAGGCAUUGUCAAAUUGAGACCCUUUCAUAUCUACCCAGAUCGAUCAAUCGAUGUCAUUGAUCACUAGUGCAUCUAGUCUAGAGCCCUAUGUUGUUAGACUAAUUUCAUUUGAAGAUUGCACAAGUCUAUUCCGCA